AUGUGUGUAGAGGUGGCUAGUAAUGGUGUUAGGCACUCGGCAGAGACUGUCGCUGCUAUCUCAACUUUGAACGCUGGGUACGCGUGGAUGGGACUCAACGUCUUCUGCACUGCCUCACACGUCCUGGGCACGCGCAAGUUCAUCACCUCACUGAACUUCAAGGACUGGGACACCAUAUUCUAUAACAACAUGCUUUCCCUCCCUAUCAUGAUCAUCUGCUCCCUGUUUACCGAAGACUGGUCUUCGGCCAACCUGGCUAAGAACUUCCCUGCCGAGUCACGCACCAACCUCAUGAUUGGCAUGGUCUAUUCUGGCGUAGGUGCCAUCUUCAUCUCGUACUCGUCUGCCUGGUUCAUUCGCAAGACUUCGUCGACUACGUACUCUUUCGUUGGUUAUCUGAACAAGCUCCCGCUCGCCAUCAGCGGCAUCGUCUUUUUCCAUGCACCCGUUACGUUUGGUGGUGUCUUGGAUAUCCUCCUAGGGUUCUUUAGCGGCCUUACCUACGGUUAUGGCAAGAUGAAGCAGAGCGAGCAGUCCAAGCAGGUCCUCCCCACCUUCCAACCGACUAUGAGCGGCAGCUCUCAAAGCCAGAAUGAUACAUACAAACCAUAA